AUGUCUGCUAAAGUAACAGAUCGUAUCGAUCCUUUUACAAAUAAAAUAUCUAUCAAAUCAAAGAAGCAAAAACGGUCUCAAGGAUCAUCACAUUAUCGGACUAAAAAUGCCCCCGAGCUUCAGCCAUUGCCUCAUCUUAAAGAUGUGAGUCCGUCUGAGCAACAGGAAUUAUUUAUUAAGAAAUUACAGCAAUGUUGUGUUGUAUUUGAUUUUAUGGAUCCGGUCUCGGAUCUGAAGAGUAAGGAAAUUAAACGAGCCUGUUUAAAUGAGUUAGUGGAUUAUAUCACAGCAACAAGAAAUGUUCUCACAGAACCUACAUAUCCUGAAACUGUAAGAUUGAUUGCAUGUAAUAUAUUCCGCACUCUUCCACCAAAUGAUAAUCCUGAUUUUGAUCCUGAAGAAGAUGAUCCUACAUUAGAAGCAUCAUGGCCACAUUUACAGAUUGUUUAUGAAUUUUUUCUUCGGUUCCUUGAAUCUCCAGACUUCCAACCGAGUUUGGCUAAGAAAUAUAUAGACCAAAAAUUUGUAUUACAGUUAUUAGAAUUAUUUGAUAGUGAAGACCCAAGAGAACGAGAUUUUCUGAAAACUGUAUUACAUCGUAUAUAUGGAAAGUUUUUAGGAUUACGGGCUUUCAUCAGAAAACAGAUUAAUAAUUUUUUCCUCAGGUUUAUUUAUGAAACUGAGUCAUUUAAUGGUGUUGGUGAAUUAUUGGAAAUUCUUGGCAGCAUUAUCAAUGGUUUUGCUUUACCACUAAAACCUGAGCAUAAGUUAUUUUUAACAAAGGUACUAAUACCUUUACAUAAGGCACGAAGUUUAAGUUUAUAUCAUGCUCAGCUGGCAUAUUGUGUUGUACAGUUUCUAGAAAAAGAUGCCAUGUUAACGGAAGAUGUUAUAAAAGGCUUGUUAAAAGUUUGGCCAAAAACAAGUAGUCAGAAAGAGGUGAUGUUUCUUGGUGAAAUUGAAGAAAUACUAGAUGUGAUAGAACCAACUCAGUUCCAGAAGAUCAUUGAUCCAAUGUUUAAACAAAUAGCACGCUGUGUAUCCAGUCCACACUUUCAGGUUGCAGAAAGAGCAUUAUAUUAUUGGAAUAAUGAAUAUAUUAUGAGUUUAAUAGAAGAGAACUCAUCUCAAGUUUUACCCAUCAUGUUUCCUGCAUUAUAUAGAAUAUCUAAAGAUCAUUGGAAUCAAACUAUAGUCGCCUUGGUUUAUAAUGUAUUAAAAACCUUUAUGGAGAUGAAUAGUAAAUUAUUUGAUGAAUUAACAGCCAAUUAUAAAGCAGAACGACAAAAGUAA